AUGGCUUCUCCUGCUCUUCGCAAUGUUGCCUCGAAUUGCCGUAAAAUCAUGUGCAUUGGCAGAAACUACAUGGACCACAUCACCGAGUUGGGUAACAAGAAGCCAGCAAACCCCUUCUUUUUCCUGAAGCCUCCAUCAUCCAUCCUUCUCAAGGGCGAUGGUCCUGUUCUGCGUCCCAGAGGUGUCAAUGUGCACUACGAGGUCGAACUAGGUCUCGUCAUGGGUCGCAAGGUCAGGGAUCUUGACCCCAACGACACCCAGGCUGCUCUAGACUCCAUCGAAAGUUAUCUUCUCACCAUUGACAUGACUGGCCGUAACGUCCAAGAAGAAGCAAAGAAGAAGGGUCUUCCUUGGAGCAUCGCAAAAGGCUUCGACACAUUCCUCCCCAUCGCUGGUCCCAUCGCCAAGUCCAAGAUCCCCGACCCUCACAACAUUGAGUUGUUCUUAAGCGUCAACGGUGAGAUGAAGCAGAACGACAACACCAACCUCAUGCUCUUCCAGAUCCCCAGGCAAUUGGCCGACAUCAGCAGAGUCAUGACCCUCGAGAAGGGCGACAUCAUCUUGACUGGUACCCCCAAGGGUGUGGGCUCUGUAAAGACAGGCGACGUUAUCAGAGCUGGCAUGCGCAUUGACGGCAAGGAAGUUGAGGAAGCUAACAUUGAGGUCGAGGUCAAGGAUCGCGACGGUCCUUAUGAGUUCAGCGAGACCUGA